AAUGUGUGUGUGUGUGUGUGUGUGUGUGUGUGUGUGUGUGUGUGUGUGUGUGUGUGUGUGUGUGUGUGUGUGUGUGUGUGUUGCGUGCGUGUGUGUGUUGCGUGCGUAUUUGUGUGUCGCCACUAGUGGGCGCACGUUUUAGAAACAGUAUCACUUUCAGUUUGGAAGAAAAGACCGUGGGGUGCGUCUGAAGCUGCUCACCAGAACGUCGUCCCGACCCCAACAAGACUACCACCAGCCAGCUGGACAGAGAGGAGCCCACUGAAACAAGAGACAAUUCUAACGUAAUGAAUACGCAUAGCGACCAGAGUACUGGAAGUAAAACCAGUUCACAGGAUUCAGAGACUAAUGCCGAGGCGGUUCCUAAAGGGGAAAACAAUUCUGACGACCAGAGUACUGGAAGUAAAACCAGUUCACAGGAUUCAGAGCAACCUGAUGCUGAAGAGGUUGCUAAUGGGAGAGACAAUUCUAACGUAAUGAAUACGCAUAGCGACCAGAGUACUGGAAGUAAAACCAGUUCACAGGAUUCAGAGACCAAUGCCGAGGAGGUUCCUAAAGGGAAAAACAAUUCUGACGACCAGAGUACUGGAAGUAAAACCAGUUCACAGGAUUCAGAGCAACCUGAUGCUGAAGAGGUUGCUAAUGGGACUCCCCCGAAGAAGGAUACAACUGUAGCCACCGUUCAUCUGAAGGUGGUCUGGCCAGAGGGAGAACCUCCACCCAAGUGGGAGAAAGAACUUCAAAAAGCUCUGCAGAGUUGGUUCAACAAAAACCCCAAAAACAGAGUCACCACCGAGUGCUCAAAGCUAACCGGUCAAAUGGAUGGAAGUGUGAGGCUGGAGAUAACACCGGCUACAGGGCAGGAGGAUCUGUUCACUGACGACACCCAGCUGACCCUGAAGGACCAGACAACAGCCAGUGUGAGGCGUCUUAAUGGGGGUGGUUCUGCUCGGGUCCACCAUUACACCCACCCUUCUUGGUUAAUCCCAUCUGCACCACCUAAAAACAAUUCUAACGACCAGAGUACCGGAAGUAAAACCAGUUCACAGGAUUCAGAGCAACCUGAUGCUGAAGAGGUUCCUAAUGGGACUCUAAAGAAGAAGGAUAAACCUGUAGCAACCGUUCAUCUGAAGGUAGUCUGGCCAGAGGGAGAACCUCCAAGCAGGUGGGAGACAGAACUUCAAAAAGCUCUGCAAAGUUGGUUCAACAAACACCAAAAAAGCGGAGUCACCACCAAGUGCUUAAAUCUAACUGGUCAAAAAGAUGGAAGUGUGAGGCUGGAGCUAAUACCGGCUACAGGGCAGGAGGAUCUGUUCACUGACGACACCCAGCUGACCCUGAGGGACCAGAAGACAACAGCCAGUGUGAGGCGUCUUAAUGGGGGUGGUUCUGCUCCAGUAACCCAUGACAACGACACUCCUCGGUUACUCCCAUCUGCACCACCUACCCCCAUGAAGAAGGAUAAACCUGUAGCAACCAUUCAUCUGAAGGUAGUCUGGCCAGAGGGAGAACCUCCACGCAGGUGGGAGACAGAACUUCAAAAAGCUCUGCAGAGUUGGUUCAACAAAAACCCCAAACGCACAGUCAUCACUGAGUGUGUACGGCUAACUGAUCAAAAGGAUGGAAGUGUGAGGCUGGAGAUAAUACCGGCUACAGGGCAGGAGGAUCUGUUCACUGACGACACCCAGCUGACCCUGAGGGACCAGAAGACAACAGCCAGUGUGAGGCGUCUUAAUGGGGGUGGUUCUGCUCCAGUAGCCCAUGACAACGACAAUCCUUGGUUAAUCCCAUCUGCACCACCUGUGUUUCACUUUCAGACCCCCAUGAAGAAGGAUAAACCUGUGGCAACCAUUCAUCUGAAGGUAGUCUGGCCAGAGGGAGAACCUCCACGCAGGUGGGAGACAGAACUUCAAAAAGCUCUGCAGAGUUGGUUCAACAAAAACCCCAAACGCACAGUCAUCACUGAGUGUGUACGUCUAACUGAUCAAAAGGAUGGAAGUGUGAGGCUGGAGAUAACACCGGCUACAGGGCAGGAGGAUCUGUUCACUGACGACACCCAGCUGACCCUGAGGGACCAGACAACAGCCAGUGUGAGGCGUCUUAAUGGGGGUGGUUCUGCUCCAGUAACCCAUGACAACGACACUCCUCGGUUAUUCCCAUCUGCACCACCUGAGCCUGUGAGCUGCACUGUACCGCUGGUCCUCUUCUGGUACGUGAACCAGGUCUACAGAGAGAAAAUGAAACGCAUCGAGGAAAAAAACGGAGUUCAUAUCCAAAAGGAAGUGAAGGUGUCCUUCAACGGUGACACCAGCGCUGGAGCAGACCCAGUCAAGGCUCUCUCUGAAUUCACCGAUCUAGUCCAGUCUUGUUUAGGAGACUCCACAUGCUACUCUUACUCCCAUGAGCCCGGUCAAGUGGACUGGGAGAAAGCCCUUCAACUCAUCCAGCAGGGUCGAGAGAAGCUCACGCUUACCGUGUCCCCCCAUGAGGUGGAGGUGUGUGGGCCAAUGGAAAGCCUGAAGACUUUCCAAAAUUAUUCAAAAAUUAUAAAGAAAAGCCAUAAUUCCCAGAUUCCUGGUCCGUCAUCUACAGGGGAAGCUCAAGGAAGAUCAGACACAUUGCACAUUGAUCCAGUACAUUGGCUUGUAAUAACUACUCUCUUUAAGACGGAGUUGGCAGAACUUGAAAAAGGGUUUGGGGUGAAAUAUGGUUACAUACAGGAUAAGGUGAAGGCAAGAGCUGAAAUGAAAUCCAAAGAUGCCUUUACCCUGGAGAGCGACUCCCUCAGAGCUCUUGUGUGCCUGCACCAGAGAGUGACCGCCUCGGUACUGAGUUGCUCCCUGCAGAGCCAGAGCCAGAGACACCUAGUGAAGGAGAGACUGGCUGGACUCCCUGGGGUCGUCCCUGAUUUUCGGGGGGACCAGUGGAGGAUCAUCGGCCUGCCAGAGGACCUGCGCCGGGCUGUUGACCUCAUCGAGAGUGACCUAGGAAGACCCGUCUUCAGGGAGGAGGACAAGCAGAGGAUUGGACACCUGAGAUAUGGAGUCGACUCCAGCGGAGGAAGUGACAUGGCAGGGGGCAAACCCCCAGUGAGGGGAGCCCCGGCAGCUGAAGAAGAAGAAGACAAGUGUCCUGUUUGCAUGGAUCAAAUUACAAACAGGAGAAUGCUGCCGUGCCACCACGCGUUGUGCAAGGAAUGUCUGGAAAACUUAGUGACACAGAUGGGACCCACCUGUCCGAUAUGUAAAGCUCUUUUUGGAGAAUUGACGGGAGACCAGCCUGACGGAAGAAUGACAUAUGAAACUCAACGUUAUUCACUUCCAGGUUUCCAGGGACACGGCAAUAUAGUGAUCAAAUAUGAGAUGUAUCCUGGAAAACAGACGGCCCGACACCCCAACCCUGGGAAGACACAUUAUGGCACCCAGAGAUCAGCGUACCUCCCAGACAACAGAGAAGGCAGGGAGGUGCUGAGGUUACUGCAGAGAGCCUUCGACAAGAGGUUGAUCUUCACGGUGGGGACCUCCCGUACCUCGGGGUCCGAGGACCAGGUCACCUGGAACGAUAUCCACCACAAGACUAGCAUCAGUGGAGGUCCAUCGAGCUUUGGGUAUCCAGACCCCGACUACCUUCGGAGGGUGAAGGAGGAACUGAAGGCGAAAGGCAUCGAGUGAAGUCCUCUCAUUAGAAAAACAUCUGCAUCAUUUCAAGAUCCAAUCUGUAUCACUUAAACAAAUCAAACUUUGAAUGUAUCUGUCUUUUGAAUAGAAACAGGGAAUGUCUCAUGUAGGGCAAAUGGUUUAAUGGGUAUGAAUAUCUUGCUGAUUGUUACGUGGAAAGGUUUGUUGAAUGAGAAUAUAUAGACUACAUUAGAAAUUAUGUUAAAUUAAGACGAGAUGGCUUCAACUGUACAAAAUUGUUAGCGCCUUCAAAAUAUCAGCGCACUGUAAAAGUAGACAACCAUUUCGUUGUUUACGGUUAAGUUUCUCAUUGUAGUUGAUUCACAUAAAUAACUUUUAAUGUGGAAAGUAUUGUAUUAACAUUUAAACUAUUUAUACUUACAAAUACAAACCAAUAACAAAUCUAAUGCAUGUUGGUGAUUGAAGUUGAUUGGUGUGAUAUUUGCAUUUAUAAAAGAUAAUCAAAACAUGAUAGUAUAGCAGUGUGGCUUCUUUAUGUUCUCAUUACAUUAUCAAUAAAGCCAGAUGAUUCUCUUUUA